ACGAGGAACGUUGGUUCAUUUUGAUCUCCACAAUAAAAUCAACCUGAACCUCAAAUCUCUUCUGGACGUUGGACUUCUUUCCUGAGUUACAAUCCCACUGAAAUGCUGCUUCAGUCAACUUUAGAGAUCUACACUUGUCAGACGGGUUAACCUACAUGGUGGUGAUAUCAGCAGCUGACGGCCCCGUUCACUGCAGAGACACAUGCUGCUCAGAUCAGAGCUCAAACUAGUUUCCCUUCUCAGAAAAGGAGACUCACACAGUCGUUGAGUCACUGAGAGGUGAAAUGGAGCAGAAAGGAGUUCAGCUGGACCGGGAGAGCUUCUCUUGUUCCAUCUGUCUGGAUCUACUGAAGGAUCCGGUGACUAUUCACUGUGGACACAGCUACUGCAUGAACUGUAUUAAAACCCACUGGGAUGAAGAGGACGGGAAGAACCUCCACAGCUGUCCUCAGUGUAGGCAGACCUUCACACCGAGGCCUGUCCUGCUGAAAAACACCAUGUUGGCUGUUGUGAUAGAGGAACUGAAGAAGACUGGACUCCAAGCUGCUCCUGCUGAUCUCUGCUAUGCUGGACCUGAAGAUGUGUCCUGUGACUUCUGCACUGGGAGGAAACUGAAAGCCCUCAAGUCCUGUCUGGUGUGUCUGGCUUCUUACUGUGAGAAACACCUUCAGCCUCAUUUUGAAUCACCAACAUUUAGGAAACACAAGCUGGUGGACCCCUCCAACAAGCUCCAGGAGAACAUCUGCUCUCGUCACGAUGAGGUGAUGAAGAUGUUCUGCCGUACUGAUCAGCAGUGUAUCUGUUACCUCUGCUCUGUGGAUGAACACAAAGGCCACGACACAGUCUCAGCUGCAGCAGAAAGGACUGAGAGGCAGAGAGAGCUGGAGGGGAGUCGACUAAACAUCCAGCAGAGAAUCCAGGACAGAGAGAAAGACGUGAAGCUGCUUCAACAGGAGGUGGAGGCCGUCAAUUGCUCUGCAGAUGAAGCAGUGAAGGACAGCGAGAAGAUCUUCACUGAGCUGAUCCGUCUCAUGGAGGAAAGAAGCUCCGAUGUGAAGCAGCAGGUCAGAUCCCAGCAGAGAACUGAAGUGAGUCGAGUCAAAGAGCUUCAGGAGAAGCUGGAGCAGGAGAUCACUGAGCUGAAGAGGAACGACGCUGAGCUGCAGCAGCUCUCACACACAGAGGACCACAACCAGUUUCUACACAACUACACCUCACUGUCAGCACUCAGUGAGUCUACAGACUCAUCCAGCAUCAACAUCCGUCCUCUGCUCUACUUUGAGGAGGUGACAGCGGCCAUGUCUGAAGUCAGAGAUAAACUACAGGACGUUCUGAGAGAGAAAUGGACAAACGUCUCACUGAUGGUGACUGAAGUGGAUGUUUUACUGUCACAACCAGAGCCAAAGACCAGAGCUGAAUUCUUAAAGUAUUCACGUGAAAUCACUAUGGAUCCAAACACAGCAAAAACACUACUGUUAUUAUCUGUGGGGAACAGAAAAGCAACAUUUAUGAGUAAACAACAGUCUUAUUCUAGUCACCCAGACAGAUUCACUGGAUGGUAUCAGGUCCUGAGUAGAGAGAGUCUGACUGGACGUUGUUACUGGGAGGUGGAGUGGAGAGGAGAAGGAGUUUAUGUAGCAGUCGCAUACAAGAACAUCAGCAGAACAGAGUGGACAGAUGAAUGUAGAUUUGGACACAAUGACAAAUCUUGGGCGUUAGAUUGUAACAAUAAAAGUUAUAACUUUAGCUACAACAAAGUCCAAACUCCCGUCUCUGGUCCUCGGUCCUCCAGAGUAGGAGUGUACCUGGAUCACAGUGCAGGUGUUCUGUCCUUCUACAGCGUCUCUGAAACCAUGACUCUCCUCCACAGAGUCCAGACCACAUUCACUCAGCCUCUCUAUGCUGGACUUUAUCUUUAUAAUUAUGGAGACACUGCUGAGUUCUGUAAAGUGAAAUGUCCUCGGUCCUCCAGAGUAGGAGUGUACCUGGAUCACAGUGCAGGUGUUCUGUCCUUCUACAGCGUCUCUGAAACCAUGACUCUCCUCCACAGAGUCCAGACCACAUUCACUCAGCCUCUCUACGCUGGACUUUAUCUUUGUUAUGAUGGAGUCACUGCUGAGUUCUAUCUACACUUGUCAGACGGGUUAACCUACAUGGUGGUGAUAUCAGCAGCUGACGGCCCCUUUCACUUCUCAGAAAAGGAGACUCACACAGUCGUUGAGUCACUGAGAGCUGAAAUGGAGCAGAAAGGAGUUCAGCUGGACCGGGAGAGCUUCUCUUGUUCCGUCUGUCUGGAUCUCCUGAAGGAUCCGGUGACUACUCCCUGUGGACACAGCUACUGCAUGAACUGUAUUAAAAGCUUCUGGGAUGGAGAGGACGAGAAGAAACUCCACAGCUGUCCUCAGUGUAGGCAGACCUUCACACCGAGGCCUGUCCUGCUGAAAAACACCAUGUUGGCUGAUUUAGUGGAGCAACUGAAGAAGACUGGACUCCAAGCUGCUCCUGCUGAUCACUGCUAUGCUGGACCUGAAGAUGUGGCCUGUGACUUCUGCACUGGGAGGAAACUGAAAGCCUUCAAGUCCUGUUUGGUGUGUCUGGCAUCUUACUGUGAGAAACACCUUCAGCCUCAUUUUGAAUCACCAACAUUUAAGAAACACAAGCUGGUGGAGCCCUCCAACAAGCUCCAGGAGAACAUCUGCUCUUGUCACGAUGAGGUGAUGAAGAUGUUCUGCCGUACUGAUCAGCAGUGUAUCUGUUAUCUCUGCUUAAUGGAUGAACAUAAAGGACACGACACAGUUUCAGCUGCAGCAGAAAGGACUGAGAGGCAGAGUGAGCUGGAGGGGAGUCGACUAAACAUCCAGCAGAGAAUCCAGGACAGAGAGAAAGACGUGAAGCUGCUUCAACAGGAGGUGGAGGCUAUCAACCGCUCUGCUGAUAAAACAGUGGAGGACAGCGAGAAGAUCUUCACUGAGCUGAUCCGUCUCAUGGAGACAAGAAGCUCCGAUGUGAAGCAGCAGGUCAGAUCCCAGCAGAGAACUGAAGUGAGUCGAGUCAAAGAGCUUCAGGAGAAGAUGGAGCAGGAGAUCACUGAGCUGAAGAGGAAUGACGCUGAGCUGCAGCAGCUCUCACACACAGAGGACCACAACCAGUUUCUACACAACUACCCCUCACUGUCAGCCCUCAGUGAGUCUACAGACUCAUCCAGCAUCAACAUCCGUCCUCUGCUCUACUUUGAGGAGGUGACAGCGGCUGUAUCAGAAGUCAGAGAUAAACUGCAGGACGUCCUGAGAGAGAAAUGGACAAACGUCUCACUGACGGUGACUGAAGUGGAUGUUUUACUGACACAACCAGAACCAAUGACCAGAGCUGAAUUCUUAAAGUAUUCACGUGAAAUCACUAUGGAUCCAAACACAGCACACACAGAUCUGUUAUUAUCUGAGGGGAACAGAAAAGCAGCAGUAAUGAUAGAAGAACAGUCUUAUUCUAGUCACCCAGACAGAUUCACUGGAUGGUGUCAGGUCCUGAGUAGAGAGAGUCUGACUGGACGUUGUUACUGGGAGGUGGAGUGGAGAGGAGAAGGAGUUGGUGUAGCAGUCGCAUACAAGAACAUCAGCAGAAAAGGGAGGACGAAUGAAUUUGGUUUUGGCAGCGAUGACAAAUCUUGGGCGUUAUAUUGUGAAUAUUUUACCUGUCACUUUAUGCACAACAAAGUCCUAACUCACCGAUCAGGUGCUCGGUCCUACAGUUUAGGAGUGUACCUGGAUCACAGUGCAGGUGUUCUGUCCUACUACAGGGUCUCUGAAACCAUGACUCUCCUCCACAGAGUCCAGACCACAUUCACUCAGCCUCUCUACGCUGGACUUUGGCUUUGUCCUGAUGGAGUCACUGCUGAGUUCUGUAAACUGAAAUAGACAGAAGUCAUUUAAGGGUUAAACUCUGUGUUUUCACUCGUUUAGUCUCCAUGUUUGUCUCUGAGAGCUGAUUGUUGUGGCGUUUCUUCACUGCACAGAGAUCAGCUGUCAGUCAAACAUUCUGGUGGUACUUUGACAUCUUCUCAUUAGUUCUUCUGUAAAUGUUUGACUUUCUUUAUGUGGCUCUCCUUCCUGUGUCUGUUUAGCCAUGGAGGCUAUCACUGCUCAUGAUGAUGUCUGUUUACCUGAACUCACAUUUCUCUGCAUGAACAUGUAAACUUCUGUGAGCUCUAAACGUCUGAUGAAUGUUUGUAUUAAUGUAUUUGUAUGUUGUUGUUUCUCUUCCACUUCAUGGGUCUUUAGAGAGAAAGCAGCAGACCUCCUCUAUCCUACAUACUCUGUUCUCUUUGUGGACAUUUGUAAAGAAAUCAAUCGUCACAUUUAUUAGUUUGACUAAAACAAAUGUUGUUGUUGUAGUGAGGUAUUAUAGAACUGUAAUGAUCCUGAUCAUAAUCAAUAAGCACAUCUUUAAUUCUUCUCUUUCACAGAGCUGAGAUUGUGGUCAAACUAACUGAUUGUGUGGAUGAAGUGAAUGUGAACAUGAAAUCACUGAACAAGAGUCGUUGAAGCGACUUUACUGAAGCUUCACAUGAUGAAUAAACAAA